CUUUUUCUCUUGCUUGCAGCACGCAGGCGUUCGUCUCCAACUCUCUCCACGGGCCACACGUCUCUCCCCACCCCACCAUCUCCUCUCUUGGACAGGACGCGCCCAGCCGACGCCACGCUUCUCGAUUGUCUGGCAAAAGACGCUCGAUUACGAUCCAAGCACGUUUUGGAAUCUCCUUAAGAAGAACAAGUUGGACUUGCAAAGGUGGAUAGCUGGUCCAGUAGGGCUGGCUUCGAAACAUCAACCACGGCUCCAAGGAUAGGAUCCCGUACUACACUAAGAAGGGGACGACAAUGUGCCCAGUGCUUUCCUAAGUUUCUACUUGCCUCCCCUUCUUUUCACGGUGGUCGUGGUGCCCUCCCAUCUGCAGGGGGGCAUCCUUCUGAUUUGACCUACCUUGCCGGCGGUGGUGCUGCUGAAGCUUGAAUUAGGAUUGUUAGUAUUGUAGAUAUUCAGUUAGUGUUACGGAUAUUAAGCAUCAUAACUAUGGUGUCGGCCACCAAAGUAGAAGGUGAAUAUUCGUUUCUGAGCAAGAACUCUCAUCUGGAUCAAUCUGAAGGUGUGAAGACACAUCUUUAUCAUUUCGGUGCAGAACAUGGAAAUGAUGACCUUAAAAGCACUGCAUGUCCUGAACAGGGCCCAAGCUUGCUUGAUACAAUCCUUCUUUCUCAGUGGGAUAAUUUUGCUUGGAAGGGCCACUUGGACUAUGAUGUUACAGCUUGCCAACUUAAGGUCAUUGAAGGUGGAAUUAAUUUUGUGGGUCAGCUGAACAAUAAAUGGAAUUCAUUUUCACUGAAGGAAUACGACAAGCUUUUUGAGUCUUUCAGAUGCUCGAAGCCAAAUAGUAUGAAGAGUUAUGAGGGGUUGCUUUUAUGCGUUGCACAAGGAGAAAAUGAUAGACCUGAGGUUGCUCCUUCGGCAUCACCACCAAAGGAUGGAUUACUCCUGAUUGCAAAUGCAUAUCCUGUUGAAUAUGGUCAUAUCUUCUUGGUUCCAGCUGCAGUCAACCAACUAUCUUGCUAUUGGGAUAAAAGGAUGUUUGGACUGGCUACAAAGAUUGCCUCUGAAGUAAAUAAUGCGGCCUUCAGGGUUUUCUUUGACAGUAGAACACAUGUAGUGUCAGAUCACAUGUUUUUUCAGGCUUGCUACUUUCCAAACCCUCUGCCAGUGGAGUCUGCCUCCACUGUCGUGUUAUAUGAAUAUGGUGGAAAUGCCAGAUCUGACAUUAUUGUGUCUGAAACAGUUGGCUACCCCCUAAAAGCUAUUGUGUUCACCAGCAACAACCUAAAAGCACUUGUCAAUGUUGUCAGUGAAAUAUGUUUUUCUCUGCAUGACAACACUACUGCAUACAGCCUGCUGAUUUCCAAUAAUGGCACAAAGGUUUUCUUGUUUCCACAGGUUAAAAAUCUGGUUACUGGCUGCUCUCUGUCUACCUGGGAGUGUGGUGGCUACUUCAUUUACCACACCAAGUUUGAAUUCGACAAUGCUUCUGAGACUGAAAUUUCAAAGAGAAUGGCCUCAGUGUCACUCCAGGACAGCGCCUUUGAAGACCUGAAGCAUCUUUGUUGUGCUAUUGCCCAUGAUCUUGUUAAGUAAGCUGAUGCAGAAUGUAACUACAGAGAUGAACAAUGUCUGUGAACCGCUUCAUUUGUUGUGUUUAGCGAUUUGUCUAUAUAACCACUGUGGAACUAUGUCUGAACAUCAGGAUUGAUCAAUAAAGUUUGCUGUUUUCCUUAAAAAAAAA